GACAUGGUGCAGCAGUUCACGGCGGGGUACUAUCGCAGCGCGCGGCAUCGGGUGGUGACUUCGGCGGAGCGGCAUCGGUAUAGUGUUCCGUUCUUCUUGAAUGGGCAGUUGGGGCUGAGGUGUGCGGCGUUGGAUGGGUCCGGGGUCGAGACGGUGGUCGGCGAGCAUAUUCGGGGCAGGCUGAUUGAGACGAUCGGGGUGCCGGGGGAGAAGUUGAAGUAG